AUGGCUAUGCUAGCUUCGAAGUCGUCUUUCCCGGCUUCGUUAGCCUCGUCGAACUCGACGCUGGUUCCGAGCGUGCAGUCAUCUGGUAUGGCUCCCGCGAGGAGACCGCCUGCUGUUCAUGCCACCGGUCAAGCUUUCGCCAGCCCGACCGAAUCCGAGUUUUCCGAUCUCGAUGGCCCUGAUGCAGUCAAGAACUGGUCCGAGGGUCAAGUCUGUGACUAUUUAAGGAGUGUUAAGUGUGGCGAGUAUGAGAAGAUCUUCCGGAAAAAUAAUAUCAAUGGUGAAAACUUGCUUGAGAUGGAUAAGGAAGUCCUCCAAGAAAUGGGCAUUGACAAAGUUGGCGAUCGGGUCCGACUGUUUCUGGGUAUUAAGAAGCUUAGGACAAAGGCGUAUGCGAACCAGAAGAGACGCAACCGAGAUUCUUUUGGGGUCCUGGAUUCCCAAUAUGCUCCCUCUUCGCUGGGAUCACCGCGGCACGCCGCUUCUGCUGGUCGUGGUAUCGCCACGGCACCUGCUAAGAGGUACUCACGGCUCGAUAUGCAGACCUUACCUAUGACCUCUAUGGCGGAUGUCGCAAAGUCUUCGUCACGACCCAAUUCGCCUUUACCCAACACGGAUCCCCGAACUGCCAGACUGCCGAGAUAUCAGAACCAGCCGUAUAUGAGCAACACGACACCCAAUUCGACCGCUCGGGGACCUGGCUCGCCGACCAUGCCGAGCCGUCUGGUAAUUACACACACACGGAAUGCCUCAAGUCAGGAUGGUUCGCUGAUGGCUGCUUUACCACAGGGUCAAGAUGUCAUCCGCGUCAUCUGGAACGGAGGCGUUACGAAGGUUGUGAAGAUUGCCGACUGCAAUACCUGCGAAGAAGUUAUGCGGGUAACGUUGCGAAAGUUUGCGUUACGGGAGGACCAUGAUCGCAAUUACUGUUUCUGGAUAUUAGCCGGUGUUGACCCCGACCCUAAGCAGUGUCGUCGUCUCGGUGAUACCGAACUAUGGCGCAUCAUUAAGGAUCAGAAGCGACCAGAGAGAAACCGUCUCAUUCUCCGAAGAGUGCCCUCCGGUGAGCCUGGAGAAAAAGAGCUGCAGCGAGCUGCCUCUAUUGCCAUGGAAGAAGCCCAACAAUCCCACGCCCGUGCCCUCGAGAAUGUCCAAGAUAAGAGAAGUCAAGAAAAGGUUCAAAGACUAUUAGGUGAGAGCUGGACCGAAGGGCUCCAACAGCCGUUAUCGCCAAUUUCCUUCCAGGAUCGUGAAAGGAACCUCAAUAAUACCGCCAGGGACUUGGAACGCCCCAGUGAUCCUCGAGAUCUCUCGAGACGAAAGGUCCUGAGACCGUUCGGUGGUCUGAGACCGCCCAGCGAGUUGAUCACAUCCGAUCUCACAUCGUACUUCCCUGAUCACCCCAGGGAAGACAUCGACCGAACUGCCCGACUAUCUAUGCGCAGGUCUACUCGCCUUAGCAAGGUGAACAGCCGACUUAGUGUCGCAAGCAACUUUAGCUUCGCAUCUAGCAUCCAAGAUGCGCCCCCUAUCCCGACUAUUGCAGAUUCUUGGUUGAACAGCGGCCAGCUUGCGAAGGUCAGGGCCCGUGAGAGCCAAGGCCGCAUGCCACAUUUAUUCCGAGAUUCGAUUGCUUCGUCGGUUCUGGACACUCUUCAAGAGGAGUCUCCUAUCGAACCUGACCGCAAGUCUUAUGUUUCGUUUGUAGAUAGCGGCUCGGACAGCAAUCCUAUAAGCAUUACAGAUCCAGAAGGAAAUGUCCGUCAAAGUUACUUCGAUGAAACUAGUACUCAAGGUUCUGGAUCCCUGAAGGAAAUCACUCAGGCCCUGAGCGAGGACGGCGAGGAUGCCGAUGAGGAACUGCAGAGCUUCCUAGCUGGUGAAUCGUGGGAUGAUAACAAGUGGAUGAAAGGUGCCUUGAUUGGUCAAGGAUCGUUCGGCAGUGUUUAUCUGGCUUUGCAUGCAGUAACUGGAGAACUCCUUGCCGUCAAGCAAGUUGAGACGCCUUCGCCUGGCGCCAAUAGCCAGACGGAUGCCCGAAAGAAGAGUAUGAUCGAGGCUCUUAAGCGGGAGAUUAGUCUGCUCCGAGAUCUUCGACAUGCGAACAUUGUGCAAUACCUUGGCUGCAGCUCCUCGGCUGAGCACCUCAACAUUUUCCUCGAGUACGUCCCUGGUGGCUCAGUUCAGACCAUGCUCAACUCGUAUGGCGCCCUACCCGAACCUCUCGUCCGCAGUUUCGUGAGACAAAUCUUGAAUGGGCUCUCGUACCUACAUAACCGAGAUAUCAUUCAUCGAGAUAUCAAGGGUGCCAAUAUCCUUGUGGAUAACAAGGGCACGAUUAAGAUUUCCGAUUUCGGAAUUAGCAAGAAGCUCGAGGCUUCAAAUAUUCUCAGUGGAGCCAACAACAACAAGCAUAGGCCAUCGUUGCAAGGCUCGGUGUUCUGGAUGGCCCCUGAAGUGGUUAAGCAGACCUCAUACACCCGCAAAGCUGAUAUCUGGUCUCUCGGCUGCUUGGUCGUCGAAAUGAUGACCGGAGCGCAUCCUUUCCCAGACUGCAGUCAAUUGCAAGCCAUCUUCAAGAUCGGAGGUGGUAAGGCCGCUCCAACUAUUCCUGAUAAUGCCAGCCCCGAGGCAGUUACGUUCUUAACCCAGACUUUCGAGAUUGACCACAACUUGCGACCAAGCGCAGACGAGCUUAUGCUAAGUCCGUUCCUCGCUCCGAUUACCUGAACCGCAUAGAGGCGCGAUGUUAUAUUCUCAAGCCAGUCUUUUCUCGAUACCCCUUUGCGAUGAGCGACCUAUUAUUCAAUUCUCAGCAUAACGAGGUCGGCUGUGUUAUAGCGGCUAGAUCCAGCAAAUCUCUGAAUGGCCAUAGAUCAGACGUAUAUCCAUCCGGUUACCAAGUUUCUCUCUGUACUUGGUGAUAUUUGGUAUGGUCGCUUUCGACAUACUUCGACCUCGGAUUUCUUUUUUCAUUAGCAGCGAUAUCCACCCACGUCGUAUCACUGAACUUUUAUUUUUAUGGGACGGCAUUUUGAUGCCACAACUGAAGAUUUUAGACUGGCUUUCUAAGGGGGUUUAGUUAGCGGAAAUAUCCACGAGAUGGGCGAUGAUGGUGGCAUUUUAGUCCCAUAGAUGGACAAAGAAAAACAGAUGAUGCAUUGAUGCGGCGAAAUGGAGAAUCGGUCAUGUUUUCCUUAUCAAUCUUUGUUCUAUUUUUCUCUUGUGGUUCGUAAUUUGGUGGUGGUUUCAUGAGUGGCAUUUGCGCAGCGGUGCUGAGCUUCUGGUGGUUAAUGCAUGAGAGCAAAUGAAUAGGAAUGAUUGCCGACGACAGCUUCAUCUUGCAAGUUCGAGGGCAUGUAUUUAUAAGCAUUAAAUAACCUCGACGUUGUAGAAAACGAUAAGUAUUAAGCUCUAACAAUUAUUUUCGAACUAUGCUUCGU